GCAAACAUUAAACAACUGGAGUCGUUCGCAUACCAUAAAAUGUUUUACAUGAAAAGAGAGGGAAAACAAACAUUUUUCGUGUUUAUGCAUAGAAGUCAGACACAACUGCAUCAUUUAUAAUGAUUUAUAAAUUUUAAAUUGUGUGGAGGAUAAAUUAACGCGUUUCAUCUGGAUUUUAAGGUCAAGGACUGUCAGUGCCGUAACUAGACCUGAACAAAAACACCCGACGCAGAAUUUUUCGGGAAAGAAUAUUGCUUACAUAGACAGAUGUUAAGCUAGUGACUUCGUCUAUGGACAGUAUAAUACUCGUCAGUGUUUUAGGACUGCUUUAGAAAGGUUCAGUAUUGACGCAGUACAUAGAACAAUAAAUCUACAAGACAUAGUUUUGGAAAAGAGACCAUUUCACAGGAUGGACGAGGGAAAUAACAAUGGAAGCUUUAUUCCAAUGGAAGAGUUACCGCGUUAUAACAUUAACACAGCUAUAUCUCUACACAUUUUUGGUUUAUAUGUUAAAUUUAACUUUAACAGACGAGGUAUAAGCUUAAGCCGUAGAGAAAUGCGAUAUGAGUUUGUUAGAUACAUCACAUUUUACGAUUCUCCUCGUAGCCUUCGAGACAUUCGUGAUUUCGUAAAGGCUGGAUUCUACUACAGUCAAGACAGAGAUAUUGUCGUGUGCUACUGUUGCGGUUAUUGUAGAGGAAAUUGGCAUAUAGCAGAAGUCCCAUUAGAUAUUCAUCAAAGAUUUUCACCAAACUGCAUAUUUUUUGAUGCAAAUGUUACAGUAGAUAUACCGUAUAAUUUAUUUCCUGGAAGAUGUGAAAGAUUUUUCACUUACUCGGCAAGUGAACACAAUACACAAGGACCAUCUUCAUUUUCAACAAGAACUGCAAGGGGAGAGGUACGCUUGCCCAGAGUGCAUGGAGUGCGUCCAGUGAUAUUUGAGCAAGUUGAAAUGCAUGAACAUAUUCCUUUCGCCAACCUUCCUAUGAGGCAGGAUGUUCUUGCAACAACUUUUGGUCCAAACAAUCCACUUGUUUACUUAGAAGGAGUUCAAAUCAGACGAAUAGAUAGUAUAUCUACAUCACAAGAAUCAGAGUUCCCAACAUACAUGGACGUUGAACACAUGUCCGCCAACCAGAGGAUGAUUAUGUUACACAACCGUUCAGUACCAAGGGUUGACUACACAAACUAUAGUGGAUCAAGCGUAGCCGGCUUUCAUUAUUACCACAGGAAUUUGAGAAACACUUUCAUGGAACAUGAUAACGGCACUUUUGCUACAAAUGGUCCUAGAGAAGAACUAGACGAGGAACAUGACUAUACAGUGAACACUACGCCAGAAGUCCGGCAUGUGCAAGGAGUUCAAAUAAAUGAUUCACACGAAAAUGAAACGAAUGAAACCGAAAGAAAAACUAUUCACCAAGCUGAAACCAAUCACAAAUCUGAGUUUGUAAUAAACGGCAGUAAAGAAAAUAUAUCUCCAAAGAUUAUUCCAGCACAGUAUUUAACAAAACUGGCAAAUGACACAUCCCGUUUACAAGUGAAUAUUUCCAGUAGCUGUAUGCAUCCUUCAAACAUAUCAGAACUGGAAGAAAAUGUUGAUGUUGAAGACGUGUUAUCUGAAGCAACUACUAAUGAUUUGGACAACGAGAAUAAUAUUCGCGACCAGAGUAUUGAACAAAUAGCGCCUGUAAUUGACGAGAUAGACAUAUCAGUAAGUGCCUGCAAAGAAGAACGUGCUUCCUCUGAUUUGUCAACCAGUACUAUAUCUAGAAGGAGAGAGCUAGAAAAUGUUCAUAGAGUCUAUCAACAUUCUCGAAAUUCAACCAAUAUGGAUUUGGCUUCUGACGACCAACUCUGUGAACAAGCUGGCUGUCACACGCUUCAAGACGAAUCGGAACAAAAGUCACAUGUUCAUCCUUCAGCUGAACAGGAAAAACAUAAAAAAGAUGUUCGUGGGCGAACGGCAACUGUGGUAUCGUUAGAAAACAAGAGCAAUGAAAAAAAUCAACAUCGUUUACCAUGGAUGACUAAUGAUGCUAAACAAACAGAUCCAAAUAAGAAAGAUGCUGUCAAAGAACAAGCGGGUGAAGAUGUUCCGGCAGGAAAAGACAAUGUUUUUAAAAAUUGUCAUUGGCUCACUCCAAAUCAAAGUGUAGACGAAGGAGAAAAGAAGAAUAAUGUCAAAUUAGACAGUGGGCCUUUAGCACAUAGCAAAAUAUCAGAGAAAGAAGAGUCUGUUAAACCUGUUAUAACUGAAAGAGCUCAGGCAGGACACACAGUAACUACAUCUAAAACAUAUCUGUCAAGCUCGACUACAUCAAAAUUGGAACAGGAGAUUAGUAAUAAAAUGGAUAAUGUAGAAGGUAAACUUAAAACAGCAGUUGAACAAGAUCACAACAACAGAUUACAUUGCUCUGACACACGAUCACAAAAUGGUGAGUCUAAUUCAAAAGUACAAGUGGAAGGUUGCACCUGUUCGGACACUUACCAAACAGAUAGAAGACUAUCAGGCGAGAACAAAGCAGCAGAUGUGGACUCGUUUAUCAGUGUUACUAGAACUGACAAAGAACAAGCAGGCAGUCAAACUGUUCAAGAUAAAUCGGAUCAAGAGUCACACGCCCAACCUCCAGCUGAACUGGAAAAGUGUGAAACAAAUGAUCAUCGGCGAACAGGAAUAGAAUCGUCGUUAGAAAGUAAUACCACAGUAAAAAUACAACAUCCUGCAACAUGUACCGCAAAUGAUUCUUAUCAUACGUAUCAGAAUAAGGAAGCAUUUACAGGAAUGAACGUUGUAUCGCAAAGAAGCCAGAGCGGCGUAAUAUCACAGACGGACCGACCCGUAAAUUCUGCUGAUCAUUAUAAUACAGACCAAACAUCUGACGACAAUCCGUCCCGAGCAGCCAAACACAUUGUACAGAAAGAGGAAGGAAUUUCUGCAGCAAAAAGUCGAGAAAUGACCGUCAAUCAAUCGGCAGAGAUCAAUAUGAUGCCAAUGCUUACAAACGUGAUUUGCAACGAAAGAGAAAGAAAUAUAGAACUUUUUCCUUCAUCUGAAGAAUGUGCUGCCAGUACUUCUGAACAUUCAGGCAGUCAAACUGUUCAAGAUAAAUCGGAUCAAGAGUCACACGUCCAACCUCCAGCUGAGCUGGUAAACUAUGAAACAAAUGGUCAUGAGCAAACAGGAACAGAAUCAUCGUUAGAAAGUAAUACCAUAGUAAAAAUCCAACAUCCUGCAUCAUGCACCGCAAAUGAUUCUUAUCAUAUGAAUCAGAAUAAAGAAGAACAUUCAGGCAGUCAAACUGUUCAAAAUAAAUCGGACCAAGAGUCACACGCCCAACCUCCAGCUGAGCUGGAAAAAUAUGAAACAAAUGAUCGUGGGCGGACAGGAACUGAAUCAUCGUUAGAAGAUAAUACCAUAGUAAGAAUCCAACAUCCUGCAACAUGUACCGCAAAUGAUUCUUAUCAUGCGAAUCAGAAUAAGAAAGGAAUAAACGUUGUAUCACAAAGAAGCAAGAGCGGCGUAAUAUCACAGGCGGGCGGACCCAUAAAACCUGCAGAUCAUUAUAAUACAGACCAAACAUCUGACGACGACACUAAUCAUGGAAAGUCCCAAAUCGUAAACCAUACAAAUACAGCUAAUCCGUCCCAAGCAGCCAAACACAUUGUAAAGAAAGAGGAAGGAAUUUCUGUAGCAAAAAGUCGAGAAAUGACCGUUAAUCAAAUGACAAAGAUUUGUGUGAUGCCAAUGCCUACAAAUGGGAUCGGCAACGAAAGAGAAAGAAAUAUAGAACUUUUUCCUUCAUCUGAAGUAUGUGCUGUUAAUACUUCUGCAGAGCGAAGGACGGGAACUGAAACGCGCCAUUGGGACAUUAUUGAUUUGGGUGCCGUUACAUCGGAAAAGGAUCACCGGAGAUGUCCAGCCGACCAACAAAGUCAAAAAAGCAAACAACAAAGCCAAAGUAUUCUACCUAAAACUGACGUGAGUUGCGGAAAAACUAGUUGUCAAGAUAUACAAGAUAAAAAGAAAACAUCUCUACCAACAAAGCUUGUGAAGGAGAAACAGUCACAACGACAUGUCAGAAGAGGUCGGUCUUGUAGUGAAUCGGACAAACAAACCAAAAAGGUGUCUGACAGUGCUAGUGAAUCAGUUUCACAGGACAAUGCUACUAAAAUAGGCAAAAAACGCCAUGUAAACAAAGAUAUUUUGGUUUCCGAAGGACAAAAACUAUUGCUAAAUGAGACACACAUAAAUGGGACCGGCAACAACAAAUCACAUAAUCAAGACACGACAUCUGAGUUCAACGUUGAUAUGCGGUCUCAUAACGAAACCCCUGUUCACAAUGAAACGGACCAAGCAGCAGAACCGAAGUCGGAUGAGCAUGUUGCACAUACUACCGUUAGACUACCAAAUGACAGAAUACAUGAUAGAGUGGUUCCUUUAAGUUCACACAAAGAGAGAAAUUCACCGACCGGUAUCACAGUGGGAGAAACGCAGAAGACGAAAGGAAAACCAAAAGCGUUUUCACCAACGGAUGAUUCAUGUAUAAUUAAUAAGGAAAACGUAGAUGGUCUGAAACACGAAUUACCAGACAAUGACGAGUUAUUGUUUGCAACAAACAUCGCAAAUGAAAUUACGAAAAUCAAAGACCCCAAGAGAAGGAAUGACGUGAUGAUGCAAUGUAUUCAUAUGAUACAUGAGGCGCAAACACAAGAACGCUCAAUUGAAAAAAAGCAGAAUGAAGUCAGACCCUCGCCGUCACGGACACUUAGCAACGAAUGUUUCGCCACGGAAGAGGAAUAGCAUAUAAACAAUUUACUUGAGGUGAAGAAUAAUGAAUUUGCAAAAUAGCAAAAGACUACAAAAUUUGAAUAAUUUUAAUUUGCAUGCAUCAGAAGGUAUAUAAACCUAUCCAUUCCUAGAAAAUCCUUUAAAUUUUAAACAGAAAAACUAAAUUGACCAUAGAGCUUUUUACUGUAGAAUGAAAUAAGUUACUAUAUGGGAAAAUAUUUUGUUCAUCAUCGGUAUUUACAAAGGUUUACAACGUCAAGUGUUUUUAAUAAAAAAAAACUUUCUUUUAAAAAAAAAAAAUGAUGACCUUUUUGUAUGAUUAAGUGGUUAAAGAGUGCCACUACUCACAGCUAUCAAAAUCUUGUCACAAGGUAACAGGAGACAUUCCUAACUGUGAAUUAGUAAUAGUCAAAACAUUUUAUUCCUUUUGGUUAUUUAUGUUUUGUGGUGUGGUUAUAAGGGCUGUGAUUACGUUUCUUUGUUUCUACCUGUUUGGAUAUUUAAAAGACCUUUACAACUAAUUAUACCUUCUAGAUAUAAUAAAAAUGAUACAAAACUUUAAAAAUCUUGGCGAAGCGUUAUUUGCUUCCUUCAUCUACUUUUGUAAGAAACAGCUUAAAAGGUAUAUUUUAAAAAUCGUUUGAUAAUUGAGGUUGUGCGUGGGAAAUGCGCAUAAAUGAUGAAUUUAGCACAGAAGACGUAAGAAGUUCUUUUGGUUGGACACAAUGUUGGUUCAUUGCAGGUUCAGUUUAUUAAAUGUAAAUGCAUACAAGCCGAGAGGUUAUCUCUCAUAAUCAGAUCCAGUUAAACCUGCUUUGCAGUAAUUUUUGUUUGGUUGAGUCCUAUAUUUCCAUAGUGUCGUUGUGUGUUACUUAACAUAUUUCUUUUUGUGCCAUGGAUCUCGUGCUUCACACAUUGACUAAUUAACGCAUGCAUUUUGUGAAAUAAUUUAUGGUGUUUGAUAUAGGGGCCUAUGGAACAUUGCUUGAGUCAAUAAUUCUUAAAGCUUGUUUAUCUUCGUUUUUAUGCAUCACGAGGGGUAGCAUACAGUCACCACCUUGUCCGGCCGUCUGUCCGUCCAUCUGCCCAUCCGUCAUACUUCUUGUCCGGAUUAUAACUCAAAAAGUAUUGAAUUUACAAAGUUGUAUCUUUAUACAAUGAUAGAGUUCAUUGAGAGGAAGUGCAGUGAUAAGGGACCAUAACUUUAGGUGGUCCCAUUUUUGAAUUAUCUCCCUUUAUUUGAAAACCUUGUCUGGGGCAUAACUCGAAUAUUGUGUAAGGUAUUGGUUUUACAUAUUGAUAGAGGUCAGUGAGAGGGAAUACAAUGACAAGGAACCAUAACUAUAGAUGGUUAAUUAUCUCCAUAUUUUUAAAACAUUUUCUUGGGCAUAACUCAAAUAGAAUGUUAAGAAUUGACUUGAUACUUUACAUAUUCAUAGAGGUUAGUGAGAGAACAAGAAACCAUAACUCUAGAUUGUCCCAUUUUUGAAUUAUCUCCCUUUUGAAAACCAUGUAUGGGGCAUAAAUCAAAUACUAUGUAAGGUGUUGACUUGAUACUUUACAUAUCCAUAGAGGUUAGUGGGAGAAAGUGCAGUGACAGGUAGCCAUAACUCUAGGUUGUCCCAUUUUUCAAUUAUCUCCCUUUGUUGAAAACCUUGUCUAGAGAAUACCUCGAAUAUUAUGUAAGGUAUUGACUUGAUACUUUACAUAUUCAUAGUGGAAUGAGAGGGGUGCAGUGUUAAAGAACCACAACUCUUGCUGACACCAUCUUUGAAUUAUCUCCCUUUUUGUUAAUGUUUGCUAAGAGCAUAACUCCAAUCCUGAUAAAAAUUGGAUGGAUUUUAUUCACGGGACAGAUCCCAUUCUUUUACUUUAAAAAGAGUAUAGUUUUCUUUCUUGAUAGUGUAUACAUUUGCUUUACAUUUGUUUAGCAACCCUAAUCAAAGUCUGAAAAGACUACUGUCAUGCUACUUUCGGACAUUUAUAUAUUACAUUACCCACAAUGUAUUGUCAACUUCAUUAAGUAUCAAGUCUACUGCUUUAUUCUGCAAUAGAUAAAUUCGAUUUCAAAUAAAGUACAUGUUCUUCGUUUGUAUAUUUCUACCUCACAGGUAUAUCCUUAACACAACCUCCGUGACUGAAAAGCCCCUUACGGUACAGUAAUUUGGGAGCAUCCAUCGGUGUGACCGGUCUCCUUUGUUGUUGUUGUUCUAUUUAUGGGGUGAGGUUUUUUGUUGUUUCUUUUUGGUUUCUUUUUUGGUUUAGUUUCAUUUUGCAUGAGACUAAAAGCUGACACAAUCAGUAUGAACUAAUGUUGAUGCAUACCCAUAUAAUUUCCGACCCAUUCGUUCAUGUUUACUAAAUGUUGUUGGUAUUAAUAAUUUGGAAUAAUAUUAGCAAAAGAUAAUGUAAUCUGUCUUAAAUAUAUUUGUUUGAUUGUCGAAUCCAUUCCUCUCUCGAAGCUGAAGUCUUUACAUAAAGAACAAAGAUUUCAGAUUUCUGUAUAUGCACAGACAGAUCAUCAAGUAACCUUCAAGAACAUUCAUUUGGCGCGCAAGUUUUGUAACCCUAGAUAAUUUCAAACGACGAUAGCGCCCUUCUUUUUUCUUUCAUAACUGUAUAGAAAAUGUAAAAAUGUUCUCAUCAAAUGUAUACCUAAAGUUUAAUAUGAUUUCACAGAAACGAUCUCACUAUAUGAAGUUAUACCGAAAUAGACAAAGGCUACUGUAUAGUGGUGCCAUGAGCGGGGCAUGUUUUCCCAAAUGAAUACGUGUCAGAGUCAUUUGUCAGUUAUAUAAGAAUCUUUCACUUGUUGCGGGUAAAAAAGGAAAUAUCCCUGGGUGUAAGAUGAGUUUUUUUUCUAGCACCGGAAAAGCACGAGAAAAUCCUGUUGGGCAUGCAAUAAUCAUUUUUACUAGACUCCAGCUUUUAAAUUUAUUUUAGGCCUAAUAUUUAAGAAGUUGUGGAAUGUUUCAUACUAGUUUGUAGUUGUUUAAAUCUUGGAUGUAAUUAAUAAAUAAUUAUGAGAUAAUUAUAUGGCUGUUCGCCUUUUUUCUUGUUUGUUUGAUUUUUUGUUAUUUCGAAGCAAGUUAUUUAAUAUGGCUCAGUUGAAUUUAUACAAGUAUAUAUAAAUGUAAAAGAGAAUAAAACAAUGCUCGCAAGUUCUGUAAGUUCUGUGUAAAACUUAAACGCUGACAAAUUUCGGGAAUUGAUAUGUAUUUUUAUAUACAAGAAAUACAUCCAAACAUAUCUUCUUCUUAAUCGGAGGUACUCAGAGUUUGUUAUUUGUUGCACUUUUUUAAUGUUUGCAUAAAAAAGAAAUAAUUGUGUAUAUUUGCUUAAAGUACAGUGAUAUUCUAUAAUAUUGUAUAUAUAUAAGUUCCUUAAAAUCGAGUGAUCGGUUGAAAGUUAGAUUUUUGUUUAUUUCGAAGUUAUUAUGUUCUCUUAUUAUGAACUAUAUUGUUUUUCGGAAUAUAAUUCCAGCCAUUAUUAAUAUAAGCAAUCUUACUGACUUAGCUGUGACGUUAAUACAUUGAUGGUCCCAUUUUUGUAUUUAUGAACGCAAUUCAGCGUUCGUCAGUUUUUAUGUACGUUCUAAUUGUCUUAGACAAUUUCCUCUCCGGUUGUCAUGGUUUUAAUUAAAAAUUAUUGUCAUGGUUUUGAUUCAAACUUCGACAAGAAAAAAAAACGAAAUUUUAGAUGCAGAGGUCGGAAUUGUUACAAAGUGAAAAAUUCAAUACUUGAAGUUAAAAGAAUUUAAUUAUUUGUUUCUGGUAUUCAUGCAGUUAUUUACUCUGUUUUUAACUCACAAGUUUAACAUUUAGCCCAUUCAGGGCCUUGUUUAAUGUGUUCGUUAUUCCGCGUAUAAACAAUCAAAGAAGUUUAAUCAUUGGUAUUUUCGCCUAAAGAAAACAUUGUAGCAAAAUCGUAUUAAGCAAGUAUGGAUCUAUCAAGCCAAUGGAAAAAACAUGUAUUUUUUAGAAAAAAAAGUAAGUAACAUAUCUUUGUCAGGUUUGUAAAAGAGUGAGAGUUUACCUUUUGAAUGCUUUUCAUGCUUUGAACAGUUAUAACAUAUUUGUUUUAUUUUUUCUUAUAUUAUCUGCAUAUGUAAUAUAAUUUAAUGUUGUGAAAUCAAUAUAUAUUUACAAAAUGAAUAAUAUCUACUAAGUCUGAAACAAAUAUCUGUAUUCACUUUUUCCUGAUAUCAUGACAACUUAGUAUUUUAUUGCCUAAAGAUCUUUUCAUUUAACAUUCUAAUUAUAUUUCUCUUGGUUUUCAAAUGACAAACAACCUGAUGCUUUUUUUUUAAAUACCAGUAAUACAACGGUAAACUAGAAAGACAUGAAAAAAAAUGUAAUGAGGCGUUUUGUUUUGAUAUACAUUGAAUCGUUAGUGCCUAAAGAUAAUGUUAAAAUGCAUGUGUCCUUCCUUUGAUUUUCUGAUUUUACUUUGCUUAAAAUAUGUUUCAUUUUUGGGAUAAGGUUCAUUGUACUAUUGAUUGUUUUAGUCAUAGAUAAUCUGCGGCUCAUACUAUUUGUAAAUAUGAGAGUGAUGUAUUUUUGUAAUAUUUUAAGUCAUUUAUAUGUGUGUAUAGUUGGUGUCAAAAUUGAUCUCCAUCAAACAUGUAACAUAUUGUUAAAAUACAGCAGAAGCUUUUAGAGGUGCUGCUGUGUUCGGAGAUACGAAUAUUGUUUUUCUUACAUAUAUAGAUGGACUAUUUCGUAUAAAUAUUUAAACUACUUUUUAAAAUAUUUAGAAAUGCCAAGUAUGAUUUUACAAACACUGUAUAUAAGUAAAUAUGUAUACUACAGUAAAGAUAUUUAUCAUUUUAUGCUAAACGAUGAAAGUCGUGUAUUUGUAGAAGAUAGUUUUAAGAAUGCGUAUUUACUGCUCAAAAGUGAGCGGUUUCCUUAAAAUUGUGACAUAAAAACACAUUCUUUUUUUUUUUUCAAAAUCACAUUACUUUUUACCUCACAUGAAUCGAAGGGACCAUAACUUUUAUCUGCAUGGAUGUGUUAUCUUAGUUCUGCACACAAAUGUUCCCCUUGAUGGGAUAUUGUUUCGCAUACAAAGUUUUCCGUCGGUAGGGGACUUCUGCAUUGCCAUCGCAUUACUCGGUCACUUGUUUUAUCUACAGCUUGAUUGGUUUUCACACUAGGUCCCUUUAAAGAGGAUACAUGUCGUUAGCGACAAAUAUAUAAAUAUCUUUAAUCGACUUCUCCGCAAAAUUUGGUCUGUAGCAUUCUAAAAAAGUCCGCUGUUAAUGUUCUUCAAAUGAGUCACUUUACCCCUUACUGGGACACUAGAGCUAAAAUAGAAAUAUAUUUAAAGAGUUGCUUUGCAGACCUUGAAUAAAACUCAGUCCACAAUAUGUUUGUAAGAUGUCCUCAAAUUUUUCUUUUAAAAUGAUGGCACUUGUUCUGUUGUGAGGGGCCCCUGUGGCCGAGUGGUUAAGGUCGCUGAUUAUAAAUCACUUGCCCUGAUCGAUGUUGAUUCGAGCCUCUUAAGGGUCAUAGAAUGAAGCUAUCCAGCUUACUGAAGGUCGGUGGUUCUACCCAGGUGCCCGCUCGAGGUAAAAUAAUGCACGAAGCGGCACCUGGGUAUUCCUCCACCAUCAAAGCUGGAAAGUCGCCAUAUGACCUUUAAUCGUGUCGAUGCGACGUUAAACACAGCAAAAUAAAUAAAUAACUUUGCCUGUUAUUAUGUUUUUAUACUAAAUACAGUUGUUACCAUUAACUAUUCAAUGUGUCGGUCAAAUAGUCAAGGUUAGGCGAGAGGCUUAGGUCGCUAUGGUCCUCUUGUAUUAUGAAGCUUUUUGAUCAAGUACAUUUGUUUAAUUACAAUUAAUGUAUUAAAUUCUUCUAGUUCUAAUCCAAGAGGUUUAAACCGAGAACAUCACAUUAACUUUUUAACCAAACCUUGAAUAAUUCAGGUAACAGUUGUCAUUAUGUCUCCCACAUGUCAUGUAUGAGACAUUGAGUAAAUGUCUCUCUGUUUGUCACAAAGUUUGUCAACGCAACUCCUCCGACACCACUGUAUAGAUUUUCACCAAAUCUCACAAGAAAGACCAUUGUCAGGCUUAGGUGUGCAUAUCGUCGACAUUUUCUGGUUUGAUAAUUUUCAUUAGAGUUAUUGCCCUUGAAUUAUCAAAUUUAUGGUGAUUUGGGCACUAUUUAAUUAGGCUUGACUGCGAGCAUAAUUGUGUAUUGUUUAUUUACUUAUUUUAUCAAUUAAUGUAAACUUCUUUUUGUAUUAUAAACUGAUUGGGUUCCAAGUAAAAAUUCCUUUAUUAUGUAAUAAAGGCGGAAUGUUGACAAAAAGCAACACAAAUGAAGAUUUGACCUGAAUAAGGGAAUGGCAUAUUCAAAGUUUACGAUACGUGCCCGACACCUACUUUAUCUGUCUUGAGGAACAAUAAGUGAGCUUUAUUCGUAAUUACAAAGUGCCAGUUGAUAUUUUUUAUAACAUGCUUAUAUUUGCCUGUCGGUUAGUAAAGAAGAAAGUCAAGCGUUUAUAUUUAAGAAAUAAUAUAUCUCAUUUAGUGAUUUGUCGCUGAAUAAAUCAUUGUUUGGAGUUCAGAUGCGAAGGAAUUAUAUCACGAGGGCGCAGCCCGAGUGAUAUGAUAAUACGCAUCUGAAGGACAAACAAUGAUUUUAUUCAAGAGCAAAUCACUAAAUGAGAUAUAUUAUUUCGAUUCUAACACGUUAGGCCUACAAAAGACUUUAAAGUACAUCCUUCACGGCAUUCAUUAAAUAUUUGCCCGUUUUCAAUCGGUUUCUUUUCCAGCACGCCGCUAUGCCGUUUGACUCCAUGGCGUAAUAAUUGUGACGUCAGAACUGUGAAUUGUUGUAUAAUAAUUCACUGUUUUCAUCCUUCUUUGUUUAACAGGAAAAUGAAUCAGAUCGUGUUAGACAAUGGUUGACAUGCGGGCAAGUUAGAAUACAUAAUGACGUCUAUUAUGACGUCAGUUAUGCAAAUGACGUCAGGUUGUUUGGUGGAUGAAGCUCAGCGUGUUAUAUAUCAUUAUUUAUUGAAAAUGUUUGAGCUAAAAUAAACAAUACACCUUGUAAUGUUUUUGUCUAAUUUACCACAAUUCACCGUUCUGAUGCUGAGAUAUUAACUAUUCGCUUUGCAUCUCUGAACCUUGGUAAAUCAGACGAUAAACAAAGCGAUGUAUUUGAUUAUUACCUUUUUAGCAUAAGUGAAGAAGAACACAGUCACAUUCUUUAAUAAUUUAUGUUGUCACAUGGUUUGAGCAAUGUACAUUUACAAGGGGUUCGGAGGUAUAUAGCCGUCAUUAAAUGUAUCAAACAUAUUUUGUAAUGGAUAUUUUAAAAACACAAGAUUAGUUUGUUGUUGGUUUUUUUCGCCAAUUCUUUUAUCGAAAACGAAGUUGGCUUCUGUAUGGUGAGCAUCGAAACUUACAGGUGUUGGUCAAACAGACAGAAAUAGAUCUAUGUGCAAACAAAUUAUACAUGUAGUCUGUUUUUUUUGCCUUAAUUAAGUAGUACUUGCAUUUAGUUUAAAUAGGGUUUUAAUGAUAUACAUUUAUUGUAAUUUGUCAGUACAUGAAAAUGUAUUAUGGUUUAAACACAGAAAAUAAAGAUUACACCUACUGAAAUUUAAAAAAAAUCACCACUUAGUCAAACUCGUACUUUACAUUUUCGGAACUGUUACAAGCAUAAUACAUUUCCAUGCGAAUUUAUCAUAUGGUUUGAUUUUAUUGUUGUCAUGACUGUGUAACAUCAUAUGUUUAUUUUUCUGGAAUUAAUUUUGUUAUAUUUCAAAACUAAAUGAUAAAGAUUAUUUGAUUUGGACCCAAGUCGACUCAUAUUUUAGUUUUGCUUAUCUUUUGAAAAUAAAGCUCUGCUGUGGA